AUGAAGCCACUUCCUCCUGAUGACGUCGGCCUGGAAAAAAUGCGGCUCGUCGUCCUCCCUAAAUCCGAAGCCGAUGCGCUAGACGAGCUAAUCGACGAGGCGUUAGACGCGGCGGACCCGGAGGGAGAGAGCGAGAGAGCAUGGCGACGCUACCAGGAGGACCUAGCCAGCGAGCUGUCAGCCAUGGCCAAAUCUUCCGAUCACCUUUGGCAUUUUCUGGACGGCCUUGGCCGGCGGUUGCUGGAGAAGAAGCAGGCUCAGGCGGAGGGCCAGCACAGGCCGCUGAAACGAUCUCCAGGUUCCAUUUCCCGAGGUAUUCUGCUUCUCCACGGGUUACUCCGAUCCUGCUCCGCCAAUCAGGAGUCGGACAUCUGCAACAUGCUGCUCUCCACGUCAACCCGUAAAGACCGACCUUCCCUCGACCUCCCGCGUCUGGCCCGUCGCCUUCACUACACCGUCCCCGCUCCUUCCGCUCCCUCCUCCUCUGCCUCCUCCACCGCUGCCACGUCAGCCUCCGCCGGUGACGUCAGCGAUGACGCGGCGCUGGCCCGGUUCGCGCACGCGUACUGCGUGUAUCUGCAGGAGCGGCUCCGCUGCGUGGACAGCAUAGGCCUCCUGGUUUUCCGCACGGGAGCCGAAUCUGCAACCGGAGCAGCCAAAAACGGAGAUAAAACCGCAGGAAACGACCGCCAGCAGAACCCACAGCAGCCGCGCGAAGGAUCGUGUAAUUUAGAGAGGAAUUUAGAGAGGAAUCUAGAGAGUGAUGCAGAGAGAGGACUGGGGGAGGCGUACUGGGUGCAGCUUCAGUCCGACGCCGUGCUCCACCAGGUGGCCGCUCUGCAGCAGCUGCAGCAACGGCUAGUCGACUGCGCCGCCGCUGCUCCCAGCGGGCUCGGCACCAGCUUCGCAGGGGGCAAACCCGCAGGGUCGGUCCCAGCAGGAACAGCGGGGGGAGCAGCGGGGGGAGCAGGCGGGGGAGCAGGCGGGGGUGGGAGGGUGGGGGAGGCGGAGAGGGAGAGGCGGCGGCGGGUGGUGCGGUAUGUGCUGGAGGUGAUGCUGGAUGAGAGCUUCCGCGUGUAUGGGUGGGUCAACUACGGGCUGAUCGAGCUCAUGGAACGACUGUGCCGCUUCCCCAAGGAGCAGGCCAUGCGCGCUCUUCAAGUCUGCCAGUUCUCGGUGCAGCAGGGGAAGGCGUUAUCUGACAUGUACACGCGCCUGGGAGCAGCGGGGGUGGGCGCAGGUGUGACCUUCCCCUCCGUGGCCGUGCUGGGGGACGGCGUCAUUGGCAACCUCUCCGCCUCCGUUGCUGCUGGCCCGGAUGCUGGAAUGAGCGCCCCACCCUCUCCCAUGCACUCUGCUGCUGGCCAGCAACAUGGUCAUCCUCAAUUUCAGCAGCAGCAGCAGCACCAGCAGCACCAGCACCAGCACCAGCAGCAGCAGCAGCAGCAGCAGCAGCAGCAGCAGCAGAUGGGUUAUCAGCACCAGAACCCUCAAGGCACCAGUCCGUACUACUCCUACGGCGCCUCUCAACCACCACCGCCCCCCCAGCCCGCGAGUCCUGCGCUCUCCCCUGCCGCCCAGCAGCAGCAGUUUGACGAAACUGCCCGAGCGCUCUUUGGGUCGUAUUCUUCGCAGCCCUCCAAUGCAGCCGCGCAGAUGAAGUACCUCACGAAUGGUGCGCAGGGAUGGGAGCGUGCUCUAGAUGCUACAGCUGGUGCGGCAGGUGGUGCGGCAGGUGGUGCUUCAGGUGGUGCUUCAGGCGGUGUUUCGGGGUCGUACGUGCCUCCAAGCCAGCAAGGUCAAGGAGGACAACAGGCACCAUAUCUUUAUCAUCAGGAGCAGCAGCAGCAGCAGCAGCAGCAGCAGCAGCAGAAUUGGGCUCUAGCCGCUUCCGGGCUAGAUGGUGGAAGCGGUACAGCUGGCAGCAGCCCAUUGGAUCAGCCGCCCAUGACCGCCUUUCCGGGCGGCUGGGAUCAGCUGUUAUUGGACAGCCUGUAUGAGGCGGCACAGGCACAAAAACACGCCUCUGAUGCCACAGCAGCCAGAUUGGGAGGAGCAGGAGGUAGUGGUGUUGGUGCGGGUAAUUUUGCUGGUGGUUUUGGGUAUGGUGGUGUGGGCGGGGAUCCUUUUGCGGCGUCUGCUGCGGUUCCGCCGCCGCCGUAUGUGCAGAUGGCGCUUAGAGCGCAGCAGCAGCUGGCUAUGGAGCUUCAGAGGCGCAUGCUGAGUCAGCACGCGAGGUUUUUUGCCGCGGCGAGGUCGGCGGGAGGCGCGGAUGCGAUGUUUGCGGCGAGGUGGAUGGUGCAGCAGAAGCAGAUGCAGGCGUAUCAGCAGCAGCAGUAUCAGGCGCGGCCGGGAGGGGUUGUUGUGGGGCCGUCGGGGCCGUACAACUGGAAUGGAGUUGGUGUGCAGUAUGGCAACGUGCUGAUUCCAUUCUGA